AUGGAUUCGAUGACGGCGAGGGCAGCGUACGUCAUUCGGAUUGACUGUGCGUGGGAUGGGGGUGAGUUGGAGUCGGAGGUUGGUAUUGUACAGGGCAACAGGCCCCGGGAUAUGGGUAGCGAUGUGCUUAUGGGUUUGUCAAGGUGUCUUGAGCAGCGGAAGUCCUACGCCUUGGUUCGCUCGGCAGAGCAGGCCGACGCCGUGAAGAAAUACGGCGCCGAGCCUAUAUUUCUCGGUCUCAAUGAUCACAGCGGCGUGGCCGAGGCUAUUAUUCAAGCCGAGAUCACCAUAAUCUACUACCUCAUCGAUGCGUACUCAGCAAAGCAUCAACCGGCCUUGAUCAAAGCCUUGGGCGAUGUCAAAAAGAAAACCGGGAAAGACGUGCACUUCCUUCAUACGGCUGGCGCGAAGGAGUUCAGCAGUCAUGCGGGAAUGCCCACCCACAGUCCCUUACUUGACACGGAUCCGCAGCUUUAUGAGCUACAGAAGACCGCGAAGGCACGCCAUGACUUUGCUGAGUCAAUCAAUGCUGUUGUCAGGGUUAUCGACACUGCUGAAGCCCUCGGGGUGCGGAGCUACAUACUGGCUCCGUGUAUUGUUUAUGGCAAAGACGAAGGGUUCGGAAACCAGACCUCGAUCCAGGACGUGGCCAUCGUGAAUGCUGCCAUGAAGCUUCGUCGAACCUGGCCUGUCUGCCAUAUCAUCGACACGACCACCUUGUAUCUGCAGAUUCUCCGAAAGAUUUUGUCUGGCGAUGACAUCGGUUACGGGAAACAUGGAUACUUCCUAGCUGCAUCGGGUAGUAUCCAUUGGAAGGACCUGUACAGUGCCAUGGCUCAGAGCCUUGCAAAGCGCGGGGUCAUCGAGGAUGAGGCGGUCACGCAGGCGGAUGAAGCGGAUAUGAAAAAGAUGGGGGAGGCGCUGAAGGUCUCGCCAGAGGUAGUGCCAGUGCUUUUAGGUGGAGAGUAA